AUGGGUGCGUGUAUGUCUACGGAGCAGUCCAGCGACACGCCCGAGUUCAAAAAGUCGAGGGCGUUGGAUCGCCAGAUCAAGGAGGAUGAGAAGAACAUGUCGAGGGAAGUCAAGCUGCUCCUCUUGGGCGCAGGUGAGAGCGGCAAGUCCACCAUCCUCAAGUCGAUGCGCAUCAUCCACCACAUCCCCUUUACCGAUGAGGAGCGCGAAAACUUCCGUCGCCUCGUCUUCCUCAACCUCGUCCAGGGCAUGAAGACCAUCCUCGAUGUCAUGGAGGAGUGGGCCAUCGACCUGCACGAUCAUGCCAACGUCGAACACCUCGCGCUCUUUGUCGCCUUUCCGGACAUCGCCGAAGACGAGCCAUUCCCACACGACUACCUCGUUGCACUCCAGGCGCUCUGGAACGACCAGGGUGUCCAAUCGGUCUACAAGCGCGGCAACGAGGCCGCUAUUCCCGACAACAUGGCCUACUACUACGCCGAUCUCGAGCGCCUCUUCAGCGCAGACUAUUCGCCCUCGGAGGCCGACAUUCUGCGGUGUCGCAACAAGACCACCGGCAUCAUCGAGACCACCUUCCCGCUCCAGGACCGCAUCUACCGCAUCUUUGACCGCAAAAAGUGGAUCCACUGCUUUGAAAACGUCACCGCCGUGCUGUUUUGCGUGGCGCUCUCGGGCUACGACAGCUGCCUGGUCGAGGACAAGGACUCGAACCAGAUGCAGGAGGCGCUCAUGCUCUUUGACUCGAUCUGCAACUCCAAGUGGUUCGUGCGCACCUCGAUGAUCCUCUUCCUCAACAAGGUCGACGUCUUCCGCCAAAAGAUCGCGUACUCGAGCAUCAAGCAUUACUUCCCCGACUACGACGGCGACGAUCAGGACUUCAAUGCGGCGCGCUCCUACUUCAAGAACCGCUUCUGCCGAUUGAACCGUUCGCCCACCAAGGAGAUUUACCCGUCCUUCACCAACGCUACCGACGUCUCGCUGCUCAAGAUUGUCAUGGCAUCGGUCACCGACAUCAUCCUCACCAACAACCUGCGCGACAUCGUCUUGUGA